UCCCCAUCUAGUAGAACACACUAGCUCCCGAUCGAAUACCGAUAUUUCAGUAGGAGGGCACGUAGUCCGCACAUUAUACGGAUUUAUUACAAUGGCGAGUAGGGGCCUGGAGCUGCCGUUCCAGCGCGUUGCGUUCGGGAGGCCUGAGGAGGUCUAUCAUGUGGACACAUUCAAGGCGGCAAUAGCCGAGUUCAUAAGCACCCUGAUCUUUGUCUUCGUAGGCGAGGGGUCCGGAAUGGCCUUCAACAAGCUCACUGACAAUGGGUCCAACACCCCGGCAGGUAUUAUAAUGGCUGCCCUGGCCCAUGGGUUCGGGCUCUUUGUCGGCGUCGCCGUGGCGGCCAACAUUUCUGGUGGCCAUGUGAACCCCGCGGUCACGUUCGGGGCCUUCAUCGGAGGCAACAUUACGUUGUUCCGAGGAAUAAUGUAUUGGAUUGGCCAACUUCUUGGUUCGACCGUUGCUUGCCUGCUACUAAAAUUUUGCACGCAUGGCAUGACCACUCCGGCGUUUUCGCUCUCAACCGAUGUUACCGUGUGGAACGCAUUCGUGUUCGAGAUAGUGAUGACCUUCGCGCUGGUCUAUACAGUUUACGCCACAGUGAUCGACCCUAAGAAGGGAAACGUCGGGAUCCUUGCACCCCUUUGCAUCGGCUUGGUGCUGGCUGCGGACAUCCUAGCCGGCGGGGCAUUUGACGGGGCGUCUGCGAACCCAGCGGUCUCAUUUGGGCCGGCCCUUGUGAGCUGGAGCUGGAAGAACCACUGGGUCUACUGGGCUGGGCCCCUCAUUGGUGGCGGCUUAGCCGGUAUCGUGUACGAGUUCUUGUUCAUCAGCCGCACCCACGAGCCGCUGCCAAGCUCGGAGUACUAGCAGUUUGGUUCAACGGCUGUGAGAGAGAGUUGAGUACUUGGUCCGUUUUCCAUUGUUAAUUUGUAUUUGAUUAACGUUUCUGUCUGUAAUUUUUUUUGGUCCAAUAAUUGCCAUUCAUGUCACUGGUUACGUCUCCAUGUUGUACAACUUCUGAAUUAAAUUCUCAUUCGUCUAUUACCAAAAAACAAAAAAAAAAUCUCA